AUGUUAGAAAUCGCUUAUAAUAACUAUAAGGGUCGCAGUAGUCGUGACCACAAGGAUCAUCGAUUUCUAUUAAUUCCUGGAGGAGUGGGAAUAGGAAAGACACGCAUGGGAUGGGAAUCGCAGCAUUUGCUCUCUAGUAUAAAAUCAAAAGAUUACGACAAUGAUGAUUUUAAGGAAGCUCUUAAAGACCCCUGCUACAUAUUUGUUGACUUGAAUGAUAGAUUAAGAUAUACUUCUAGUUUUGAUAACGAGGUAGAAUCAAGUGUGCGAAUAGGGGCACGUGUUGCGAUAGCUUCAGGAUUAGUAUCGGAGGAACUACCUACUUUGAUUAAUGAAAACAUCCAGCUCUUCAACCUUUCUGACGUGAUUUAUGAGAUCGUUAAACGUCGUAUCAUAAUGAAACAGCGUUCAAUUGAUGCCAUCAUUAUUCACCUUGACGAGUAUCAAAUUUAUAUUAGUAAUACUCAAAAAGGAAAAAAUAUGACAUGGACGCAAGCUUGCGAUUUCUUUAAAUUAAUGCUAAGAGAAAUUGGUAGUGUCAUGCGUGGUAGCAUGAUGACGGGAACAGAAAAUGAACUUCUUUUUCACGACCUUAGAGGGAAAUACUUUAUUAUUCCGAUCU